ACGAAAUUGGUGUGAUCAUUCCGUCAAAAAUGACAAGAUUCACUCAAAUGGAAAGCAAUGGCGAGCAGAUAAAAACGUUUAGUUUUGCUAGUAAAAAAAGACAAGACUCAACAGAAAGCAGUGAGAAAUUAGACAUACUAAUUCCGGAGCUACUGCUUCCUGGUUACUCAUUUUACACCUGGCCAUCGGCACAGAUUUUGGCGUGGUUUCUGUGGGAAAGGCGGCUUUCCCUAUUGAACAAACGAAUACUUGAACUGGGAGCUGGAACUUCUCUACCCGGUAUACUUGCUGCCAAAUGUGGUGCUCACGUAACACUAAGCGAUUGUAGUACCUUGCCCAAAACGCUUCAGCACAUACAACGGUGCUGUCGAUUGAAUAAUCUCGUUCCGGAGAAAGACAUUCAAGUUGUUGGAUUGACCUGGGGAUUGUUUUUGGAUCGGAUAUUCCAGCUCGGACCUAUCGAUUUGAUUAUCGGAUCAGACGUUUUCUACGAUCCAUCCGUUUUCGAAGAUAUUUUGGUAACGGUGUCUUUUUUGCUGGACGCCAACACCGCUGCCAAAUUUCUUUUCACCUACCAGGAGCGUAGUGCUGAUUGGUGCAUCGAAACACUCUUGAAGAAGUGGGGACUAACCUGCAAUGUGAUUAGCUUGGAUAAUUUAAGUGCUGACCUUGGAAUUGAACCGCAAGAGUUGAUGGGCAACCACACCAUUCACCUAUUGGAAGUAACCCGACGAACCUAAAUUUAAGUGAAAAUCUUUAGUUUGUUAAGUUUACAGUAAUGUCUACUCCCACCGUAAACGCGGUCGCACGCGGUGUGCAGAAACUUUUUAUCGGCAAUAUACCUUGGACUGUCAGUUCCCGAGAGUUGCAGAUAUAUUUUUCCAAGUUU